UUCAGAUUUCAGUUCGGUUCGAAUAGUUGUGUUAUUGAUAUCGGUGGUUCGUCGUAGAAUUUGCUGAAAGUAUAGAAUAAAAAAAUUUUUUCUGUUUCAAAAGUAAAUUGUUAGAAUUUUCAUUUUUUUUAUUAUCUAUGAAUUUGAUGAGAAAAAAAAAUUUUAAAUUUGAGAAAUAAAUUCAUGAAUUUUAUGAAAAAUAUGGAAAAUGCACUAAAUAUUUAUGUGUAUUUAUGAUUUAUUGAUCAAAAGUGCUUUUUAGUUUUUAAAAUAAAAAAAAAUUAAAAUUGUAAAGAAAGUAGUGCCCCAAAAGAAAAAAAAAGGUAAAGAGAAAAUAAAAAAAUAAAAGGAAAAAAAAAAGAAGUUGAUGGUGGUAGUUUCAGUUUUCGGUUGGUCGUUGGUGUAAAUUCGGUGUGGAUUGGUGAAAAUUUCAAGAGCUCGUAAAAAAAAAAUAUAAAUUUGAAAUAAAAAAGAGAAAAGCUCUUUAAAAUUUUUUAUUAAAAUUGAAAUAAAAUUAAAAUUUUUAUUUAUUUUUUAAUUACAAAUUAAAAAUAAAAAAUUCAAUUAAUCUGCCGACAUUUAUACAAAAAUUUUUUUUUUGUUAUUUGGAUUACUUUUACUUCAAUAGUGGAUUAUCAAUAGUUUUUUUUUCUUGUAUUUAUCAACAAUUUGCACUGCAAUAAAUUUUGUGGAUAUUUUCAACUUGGAUAAUUAAAUGGAUAUCUUAAAAUGAAAGUUAUCUCUCUACAUGUACUACUAUUAUGUAUAUUAUUUUGAAGGAUUUUACCAUCAGGUAACAUCAUUAAUUCUAACCUCAAAAGAGUUACGUUCCUUUUUUCUCAUUGGUGAUAUAUACUCAUACAUUCUAUAUAUACAUUAUGUAAUGAAAAUUAAAUAAAGCAGUCAUUUAACUCAACAUCACCUUUUAAUAUAAGUGGGGAGCAAUAAGAAUUUAAAAACCACAAAUCUGUCAUCAAAUUUCAAUAAAAUAUUUUAAUUUUAUUCCACUACUGUAGUGUAUUAAAAAAGAAAUUUAAAAUUAAAAUUCCACCUUUAAAACGUAAAAUAUUCAAGGAUAUAAAUUUUAUAAUGCUCAUGUAUUAAUUUUAAUGAAAUCUCAGUGAGACAUUAAAAACACACGCAACACAAACAAAACUAUACCAAAAAAAAAAACAAACAAAAUAAAAUGGAAUGAGAAGAGAAAAAAACUUAUUAACAGAUAGAACCUUGAAUAUUUUUUUGAAAAAAGAGAAAUGAUAACUCUAAUAACCGCAACCAUCCACUGCAGUCAUUGUAAUUUGAACACAUGAAACAAAAGACGAAGAAGAAAAAGAAGAAGAAAACGAAAGAAGGAAACAAAAAAAAAUACACGAACUUUUUACGCUAAUAACAAUAUAGAAAAAUAACAUCUACAAUUAUACAAAUAUAUCUACUUAAAGUGAAUUUUAUUGCUAUAUGUAUAACAAAUGAGUGCAUACAAUAAAUAUAUUGAUAUACAUUUGAAUAAUAUUCAAUAUUGACACAGAUCGAGAGUAGCAAGCAGUACCGAAGUAGAACCGAAGAAAUAACAAAAAAAAACAAUAAGAGAAACACGUAGGACAAAAAAUAUUUUUUUUUUAGAAAAAAAAACAAAUUGUCCUAAAUUUUUCCCAAAAGGAAUUUAUUGAAAACUUUUAUAUUUCACUCUUUUCAUCUCUAUUUUGUUUUGUCAUCUCAUACUUUCUCCUUCUAACUUGUAUAUUAAUUCUCAUUUAAUUAAAUAACAAUUAUAAUAAAAAAACAAAAACAAAGGAGAAAAGAAGAAGAAGAAGUAAACAAAAAAACUGCUUUUUUUGCAUUUACACACCAACACUAAUGAAGGAGAACAAAAAUUUACAUUCCAGGAGCGUGCAUUUUAUUAAAACAUUGUUAUUAAAAAUAGAAUCUAUAAUAACUUGGUUACCAACAAAAAAUAAAGCAAAACAAAAAAAAUCUAGUCAAAAUUAGCCGCUACAUUUACAUAAAAAAUAGAAGAAGAAAAGAAAGAAGAAGAAUAAUUUCUCAACUCUCUCUCCCCCAAACUUAAUGCCAAAAAAGAAAAAAAAAGUUUACAUUUUUGUUUUUUUGUUUUAAAUAUAAAAAAAAGUAACAAAAUUUAAUAAUAAUAUUAAAAAAAAAAGUAAAAAACAAAAAAAAAAGUAAUUAAAUUUUUGACAUAAAAAAUAUAAAAAAAAAUUUUUUACAUACUUAAAUACGAUAACAACUUUUUUUUUAAAAAAAAAAAUUAAAUAUUAAACGAGAAAAGAAAAAAAGAAUUACAAAUAAAAACAAAGAAGAAAAGUAAAAUUUCAACAAAAGAACAAAAAAUUGCAUAAAAAUAGGCGCCACGAUAAUAUUUUGACAUUUGUUUUUAUUUUUUAUAUUUUACAUUUCUACACGACAAAAGAAUAGAAACAAAAUAUAAAUAAAUAGUGAUUAAUUAAAAUUUUUUUUUUAAAAAAUGGGUAAUAAAUGUUGUAGUAAACGUCAAGACCAGGAAUUGGCAUUAGCCUAUCCGACUGGUUAUAAAAAAAAUGAUUAUAGUUUUGGACAAACAAAUCUAAAUAGUGGUCAAAAACAUAAUAAUGGUGGUUCAUUAGAUUCAAGGUAUACACCAGAUCCAAAUCGUGGUCCAAUUAAAAUAAAUUCAAAAGGUGGUGUUGACAUUAUAAGGCCAAGAACAACACAAUGUGUUCAAGGUGGCGUACCAAAACGUCGUGUAGUUGUUGCACUGUAUGACUACAAAUCACGUGAUGAAUCGGAUUUAAGUUUUAUGAAAGGUGAUCGUAUGGAAGUAAUUGACGACACAGAAUCAGAUUGGUGGAGAGUUAUAAAUUUAUCAACGCGUCAAGAAGGUCUCAUACCAUUAAAUUUCGUUGCUGAGGAACGUAGUGUCAAUAGUGAAGACUGGUUCUUUGAAAAUGUAUUGCGAAAAGAAGCUGAUAAAUUACUUUUGGCUGAAGAAAAUCCACGUGGUACAUUUUUAGUUCGGCCAUCAGAACAUAAUCCAAAUGGUUUUUCAUUAUCUGUAAAAGACUGGGAAGAUGGUAGAGGUUAUCAUGUUAAACAUUAUAGAAUAAAACCAUUAGAUAAUGGUGGUUAUUAUAUAGCUACAAAUCAAACUUUUCCAUCACUUCAAGCUCUAGUAAUGGCAUAUAGCAAAAAUGCUCUUGGAUUAUGUCAUAUAUUAUCGAGACCAUGCCCAAAACCUCAACCACAAAUGUGGGAUCUUGGACCAGAAUUAAGAGAUAAAUAUGAGAUACCACGUUCAGAAAUUCAAUUAAUACGUAAAUUGGGACGUGGUAAUUUCGGUGAAGUAUAUUAUGGUAAAUGGCGAAAUAGUAUUGAUGUCGCUGUUAAAACUUUAAGAGAAGGUACUAUGUCAACACAAGCAUUUUUACAAGAGGCUGCCAUAAUGAAAAAAUUCCGUCACAAUAGAUUAGUUGCUUUAUAUGCUGUUUGCUCUCAGGAAGAACCAAUAUAUAUUGUUCAAGAAUAUAUGUCAAAAGGUAGUUUAUUAGAUUUUCUUAGAGAAGGUGAUGGACGUUACUUACAUUUUGAAGAUUUAAUAUAUAUAGCAACACAAGUAGCAUCUGGUAUGGAAUAUUUGGAAUCAAAACAACUAAUACAUCGUGAUUUAGCUGCUCGUAAUGUAUUAAUUGGUGAAAAUAAUGUAGCUAAAAUCUGUGAUUUCGGUUUGGCACGUGUUAUAGCAGAUGAUGAAUAUUGUCCAAAACAAGGUUCAAGAUUUCCAGUAAAAUGGACAGCACCAGAAGCAAUUAUAUAUGGAAAAUUUUCAAUAAAAUCAGAUGUAUGGUCGUAUGGUAUAUUAAUUAUGGAAUUAUUUACAUAUGGUCAAGUACCAUAUCCUGGUAUGCAUAGUCGUGAGGUUAUUGAUCAAAUAGAAAGAGGUUAUCGUAUGCCAAAACCAACAAAUCAUUAUUUCCCAGAUAAUAUUUAUCAAUUGGUAUUACAAUGUUGGGAUGCUGUACCAGAAAAACGACCGACAUUCGAAUUUUUAAAUCAUUAUUUCGAGUCAUUCUCUGUGACGUCGGAGGUACCUUAUCGAGAAGUACAGGACUAAAAUUAAAUAUAAUUUAAGUUAAUUUUUUUUUUUUUUAUUAAAUAUUUAAUAUAAAUAUUUUUAAUUUUAUAUAAACGUAUAGAACAUACAUGUGUGUAUAUAUAUCUUUAUACAUAUAAAAUUUGCACGUUAAAAUCCCUUUCUUAAGCAUUUUUAAAAAAUUAAAAAAAAAUAUGAAAAAAA